GCAAAGAUGCCCUUCCAUUCGAAAAUAAAAAUGAAAGGCCGAGACACGAUAUUUAUAUCAAAGCUAUUUAUCUAAAAUCGUUUUCUUUCUCUUUUCCAGUGAAUAUUCCCGAAAUUAUUCUGCAAAAAAGCAAGAAUGAACAAAUAGAAUAUUUACAGAGAUUGCAGACAGGGGAAUCUGUACAUUGUAGAGGUUCAAACGACAGCUUCGAGCACAUACUUUGGAAAUGGGAAUAUCUAAAAGAUGCAAGACCUAACAUAGUUAGAUCCUGCAUCGGCCUCCAUGAACAUAGUGACAUAUAUAUAAUCGGCAACAAGGCAUAUAGAGAACCAAGCAAAUACCAUGCCCUCUCUCGUGAAGUUCGAAGUCUUCUUUACAGCUUUCUUCUGCUGGGAAAAUACACGCUUAAAGUCAAUGAGGAGUCCCAUGUAGCAAUUUUUAACAAACUCAGAGAACGAUAUUUUACAGAUCUACCAAAGUGUACUGACAUAGGGAUACCCACCGAAUCUCUGUCUGAAAUAUCACAAACACAAGAAAAUGAAUUCACUUUUCAAUCAGACACCAUACGACAUGACGUCAUGUACGCGUUUGUAACAGAGUGUUUGACUGAGGACAGUGAUCUCGAGUUUUUCCUCUCGACAGCAUCGCACCAGGUGAUAUUAGAAUAUUGUAGGAGCUGGAAAUAUGAGAGAAGUGAAGGAGAAAGGUGUCUGUAUGUUCCAAGCUGGCCUGAAAAGCUUUAUGACCUUUUCAUAGACCGUCUACAGAUUGACACCAUUAUACACUGUCAGGCAUCGGAUAAAGUGUUUUGCGACGCAAUCCAAGCCCGUUGUAUGCUUUUGAAAUUUUGUUUUCUCUUAUGAAAUCAGUUCAAAGAAUUUGUUUUUUGAUAACAAAGAAAAUAAAGUGUAUAUGCAAUCUUGGUUGGCUGGCUUGCAAA